UACUGUUAACAGCACAUUAAUCAAUAAAUCUUCACCACAUCCACGUUCAAGAACAACACCAAGCGGUGGAAAGAUAAUGGCAAAAAUUACUUUAAAAAUAUCGGAAAAUGUGAGAGCCAUUCUUGACUAG